CAUAGACCUUUUAUUUACAAUAUGGCGUCGGUGGAUUUCAGAGACAAUCUUCUCGGGAUAUCCUGGGUGGACAGUGGUUGGGUGCCGAUUCUGAAUCCUGGAAAUGUUCUGGAUUACUUUUCUGAGAGAAGUAACCCGUUUUAUGACCGGACCUGCAACAACGAGGUGGUGAAGAUGCAGCGGCUUACUCUGGAACAUCUGAAUCAGAUGGUUGGAGUGGAGUACAUCCUCCUUCAUGCACAGGAGCCAAUUCUUUAUAUAAUCCGCAAACAGCAGAGGCAGACUCCAACACAAGCGAUUCCCUUGGCUGACUAUUACAUCAUAGCAGGAGUGGUGUAUCAGGCCCCAGACCUUGGAACGGUGAUCAGCUCCAGAGUGCUCUCUGCAGUCCAUGGGAUCCAGUCUGCUUUUGAUGAGGCCAUGUCGUACUGUAGUUAUCACCCGUCCAAAGGAUACUGGUGGCACUUCAAGGACCAGGAAGAGAGAGAAAAGACAAAACCAAAGUCCAAAAAGAAGGAAGAGCCUAGUUCUCUGUUUCAGAGGCAACGUGUUGACACGCUCCUCCUGGACCUGCGAUCAAAGUUUCCUCCAACUUUCUACCAGCCCAAACCUGGAGAUAAACCUAUUCCAGUUGAGGUAAAGAAGGAACCUGAACCUGCUGCAGAAAAUGUGAAACAAGAGGAGAGAGAACCUGCCGCCAAGUCAUCGGCCCCAGCUCCUCCCAGUAAACCUCCUCCUGAGAAGAGAGCCAGGCUGCAGUGA